AUGCUUUUUGUUAUUCAAAAUAUACAUUUAACAAAUAAACUGAAAAAGAAUAUUUCAUUUAUUUGUCAUGUUGCUUUAUUUCAAACACGAAAAUUGAAAACUUCUUCUUUAAGGAAAAAAGAAAUAUGGAAAAAUAAUAUGCACACAAAAAAUGAUGUGAAAAAAAUUAUGACCUGUUCAGGUGAUUUGAUAGAAAAAAAAAAAAAAAAUUAUGAAUGGGAAAUUGAAAGAAAAGAAGAAGUACAUGAAAAAGAGUGUGAAGAAAAUAACAUUGAAGUUAUGAAUACAGAAGGAACAUGUAAGAAUAAUAAAGAUAAUGAUAUUAAAAUUAAUGAGAAUAAUAAAAUAAAUGUGGAUGAUGAUAUAUCAGUAUGUGAUGAAUAUAAAUUUCUUUUUGAACGACCAAAACAUUUUGCAUAUAUUGAUGAUGAGCCAAUUAUAAGAAGACCAGGAUGUAUUAUUGAUAUAAAAACAUUAUUAAGAAAUAAUUGGAGUUUUCCUGCUGUUGGUUUUAAUAGUAAAUUAGAAAUUCCGAUAUAUAAAUUUGAAGCAGAUGAAAAAGAUGAUAAUAUAAAAUAUAUAAGUGUUCCGAAUGAUAUUUUUGGAUUACCAAUAAGGUCAGAUAUAUUACAUAAGUGUUAUUAUUUUUAUAGGACUGCAUUAGCUGGAUAUACUGAAAGAAUGCAAUUAUAUAAAUGGGAAUGGCCAGGUAGUACUAAAAAAUAUAGAAGUCAAAAAAAAAGUGGUAAAGCAAGAAUGAACUGGAGGAAAACAUGUGGUAGAUAUUUAGGUGUGAAAAAUCAUCCUAUAAGACCUUUUGAUCAAAAAACUAAUAUAAAUAGGAAAUUUUUAUGGAAAGGUAUGAAAAUAUUAUUAUCAGCAAAAUUUGCUCAAGAUCAAAUAAAAGUAGUUGAUAAUUUUUUAAUUAAAUCUCAUAAAACCAAAUAUACUGUAAAAUAUUUAAGAAAUAUUUUAGGAAAGAAUUGUAAUAGUGCUUUAUUAGUUCAUGAGGGAAAAACAGAUGUAAAUGAUAAUUUUUUAUGGGCAUGUGCUAAUAUAGCAAGUGUAAAAAGAGAAAAUGUCGAAGGAGUUAAUAUUUAUAAUUUAUUAAAAUAUAGAUAUGUUGUUUUUACAUAUAAAGCUUUAAAAAAUAUUAUAUACGAAUUAAAAAUCUAUCCAUAUAAAAUGAAAUGGCUACCUACUUAUGCAACACCUGAUAAUAUCCAAGCACCAAUACCAGAAAAAGUUAAAAACUGGAAUUUUUUAUGGCUAGAAAAAAAAAAAAGAAACAAUUUUUCUAAAUUUGAUAAAGAGGCAUUAAAAAAAAGAAUUCAAGAAUGGAAAUGGUCAAGUGACAUAAAAGGAGCUUUAAAAGUGAAAAAGCAUGAUCCAUAUAAAAAUUUUAUACUCACAAAAUUUCAGUGUAAUGAUUCAGUUCCAGAAUAUAUAAAAUAUGAAUAUUUAUUUAAUGUGGAUGAUGAAGCUCAUGAGGAUAACGAUUAUGAGGAACACUUUCACAUGCUCGAUGAAAUAUUGAAUGAUGACGAGGAAUUGACCGACAUAUCAAGUUUGUCUUCUUUACGAGGAGGUAACAAAAAUGAAGAAAAAAAAAAAAAAAAAAAAAAAAAUAUACAUAUAUAUAUAUAUAUAUAUAUAUAUAUAUGUGUGUGUGUGUAUUUGUUUGUACAUAUUUUAUACCACAUAUUUUGUAUUCGUCAAUGUUGCAUUUUUUUUUUCUAUUUUAUCAGGUUUAAGAAAGGGUGA